AUGAAACUACUACGUAACCUUUAUCAUGUUACUAUCAAUAAUAAGGACAAUGUUAUUAUUACCAAAAGAAUAAGCAAAAACCUGUUAUCAUCAACUUUAACAACUUCAGCAACAACUUCGACAACAACUUCCAAUGUGACCAAGCCUUUUCGCUUGGCAAUAAUUGGAAGUGGCCCAGCCGGUUUUUAUACAGCUUAUCGUUUACUAAAAGAAAAAUAUCAUCAUCAACCAUUGAUGAUGAUAGACAUGUAUGAAGCUCUCCCUAUGCCUUUUGGUCUGGUUAGAUAUGGUGUUGCUCCUGAUCACCAAGAUGUCAAGAAUGUUCAACACAGAUUUGACGAAGUUGCAAAUGAUUCAAGAUAUCAAUUCAUAGGAAAUGUAAAAUUCGGUCAUGAUCUCACGAUCGACGAUCUAAAACAAACCUAUGACGCAAUCGUUUUUUCGUACGGGGCCGGCAAGGAAAAAUCACUUGGAAUAAAAAAUGAUAAUGAUAAUGAUAAUGACAAUAGUAACCCGAUAAAAAAUGUAUUUUCGGCUAGAGCUUUUGUUGGUUGGUAUAAUGGCUUGCCACAAUAUCGUCAUCUGAAUCCUGAUUUGUCAAGAUCGGAUACUGUGUUGGUUAUUGGUCAUGGUAAUGUAGCGUUAGAUGUCGCGAGGAUCUUAUUGAUGGAUAUUGAUAAAUUGAGUAAGACUGAUAUUACAGAGUAUGCUUUGGAAGCUUUGAAAAAAAGCGAAAUUAAACAUGUGGUUCUUGUUGGUCCAAAAGAACUACGCGAAAUGAUAAAUUUGCCCAAUACACGUUUUCACAUAGAUGUUGAAUUACUUAGAUCAGAAAUAAAAGAAAACGAGCAAUUAAUCGCUAAAGAUCGUACGCUCAAGAGAAUAUUACAAAUUUUAGAGAAAGGAGUAACGAUGGAUACAUCCGGUGAAAAAUCCUGGACGCUUAAAUACCUGAGAAGUCCGUUAGAAUUAAUAUUCACUAACAAUAAUGUCAAUACUGGUGCUGAAGCAAGUAAUAGUAAUUAUGAUAUUAGGUAUAUUAAAGCUGUAAAGUUUAGCGUUAAUCGACUUGAGGGUCCAGCUGAGAAACGCGUGGCAAUUUCAACUAAAGAAUCAGAUGUUUUAGAGUGUGGUUUGUUAUUGAAAAGUGUCGGCUAUAAAAGUGUGCCAGUGCAUGGUUUACCUUUUGAUGAGAAAAAAGGAAUUGUUCCUAAUGACAAAGGAAAAAUAAUAGAGUUGGAAAGCAAUAAUGAGUUACCAGGUCUCUAUGUAUCAGGAUGGCUAAAACGAGGUCCACAAGGAGUUAUAGCUACAACAAUGUAUGAUGCAUUUGAAACAGCUGAAACAAUAAUAUCUGAUAUACAACAGAAUAAACCAAUGUUAUCAGGAUCAUUAUCUCAUCUAGAUGAUAAUUCUUCAUCAUCACCUAAACCUGGCAUAAAUGCCAUAUUGCCCAUUCUUAAAGAACGCGGCGUACGUGUUGUUUCCUAUAAUGAUUGGAAAAAAAUUGAAGAGAAGGAAAUCGAAGAGGGAAGAAAAAAAGAUAAACCACGAGAGAAAUGUGGAAUUGAAGAAGCGUUUGGAGAAUCAGGAGGACUUUUUAUAACGCUGUUUAAUAAUUAUAUUAGAGCAUUAUUAGAUAAUAGUGAUUCACGACAAAUAUUUUAUUUUCUAUUACUAAAUUUAAGUUAUAUGUUUGUUCAAAUGGUUUAUGGAUUUUGGACAAAUAGUUUGGGUUUGAUUUCGGAUGCUAUUCACAUGUUCUUUGAUUGUUUGGCUUUAGCGGUAGGAUUACUAGCGGCUAUAAUGAGCAAAUGGCCUGAAAAUAAUAAAUUUACAUACGGUUAUGGACGUAUAGAAACACUUUCAGGAUUUGCAAAUGGGAUCUUUCUUGUUUUCAUAUCCAUAUUUAUAAUGUUUGAGGCAAUAGGUAGAUUAAUAAAUCCACCAGAGAUGAAUACGGAUAGACUAUUAUUAGUUAGUUUCUUGGGAUUGGUUGUUAAUUUGGUUGGUAUAUUGGCUUUUAAUCAUGGUCAUGCACAUCAUGGUCAUGGUCAUAAUCAUGCACAUCAUGGCCAUUAA